AGAGAGAGAGAGAGGGAGGGAGAGCUAGUCAGCAACAUGUAGGCAGGCUGAGUAAAGAAAGGUCGAGACUGUGUAUACGUACAAUAUUUAAGACAGACGCACCGGGGGAGGGAAAAGAACAAAAAAAGGAGGAGAAAAACUCGUGGAAAUGGACAGCAGCGGAAUGGAUGUAGAGUGGGUGAAGUGCCGCGGGGAGAACAGGGUAUCCGGAUCCUGAGACGGUCGUGUACCUGAACAAAGCUUUGUGAGCCCCCCCCCACGUUCUCUGCACCUCGUCAAUGGCGGUGAGGCCCGCCCUCUCGUUCCUGCUGGCCGUGCUGGCGUGCAGCGGGCCGGCCCGGCCUUCCCCCCCACUGCUGCUCCGACCCCGGGAGAGAGAGAGGGACUCGGGCGGGGCUUUGGGCGGGGUCAACAUCGCCGUGGUCCACUCUGGCUCCUCCCACCUCCCGGAGACGAGCGUUGGGGGGGGCUCGGGGGCGGGGCCGGGGACAGGGACGGGCGGUCCAAGCCGGGCCUGGUCGGGCCAGGUGGGCGAGAGCGUGAUGACGCCAUGGGGUCCGGCAAAUGUGAUCUGGCUGGCAGUGAACGAGAGUAGCCCGGGCAGCCUGCUGCUGCAGCUGUGUGAGCUGCUGGCCACCACGCCACUGCAGGGCCUCGUCUUUGAGGAGGAGAAGCCGCCACCCCCCAACCGCGCCCCGCUGGCACCCAUGCUGGAGUUCGUCUCCGCGCAGACCGGCGUGCCUGUCCUGGCUGUGGGAGGAGGAGCCGGCCUGGGCAGGGAACCUCAGGAGAGUGGCUCUGUCUACCUGCAGUUCUCCUGCUCUACAGCCCUGCAGCUGGAGGUCAUCUUCGAGGUGCUGGAGGAAUUCGAUUGGACGGCCUUCUCUGUGGUCACCACCCGUCACCACGGCUAUGAGGACUUCCUGGCUAUGGUGGAGGGCAUCACAGAUGGCUCUUUCAUCGGCUGGGAGAAGAAAAGCAUAGUGAUGCUGAAUGUAACCGACGACCCCGGAGGGGCGCGUACCCGCAGGCUGCUGAAGGAGAAUGAAGCGCAGGUGCGGCUCCUGUAUUGCUCUCACGAAGAGGCAGAACAGAUAUUUAAGGCAGCCUGGCUGUCAGGACAAGCCACUCCUUCACACAUGUGGUUUGCUGUGGGGCCUGCUCUAUCAGGACUGGGAGUGGAGGGUCUGCCUAAGGCUCUGUUUACCGUUCGACCGCAGGGAUGGCGAGACGAGCCCCGCCGACGCAUCGCUAAGGGAGUGUCGGUGUUGACGCAUGGCGCCAUGGCCCUACGCAGGGACUACAGCGGGGCCAGAGGAACAAGCUUUGCUGGGAACUGCAUGACAGAUGGCAACCAGACGCAGAGGGUGCCAGACAGGAUCAGGUACUUCAGUAACAUAACACUAUCUGGACGAGACUACUCCUUUAAUGACGAUGGCUAUUUGGCCAAUCCGCUAGUGGAUGUCAUCUCCUACACAGCAGGCCGGGGCUGGGAAGAGGUGGGCUGGUGGGAGAACGGUGUCCUACGUCUGCGUUAUCCACCCUGGUCCCGCUACGGUCUAUUUCUUAAGCCGCUUGAUGACAGCCAGCAUCUGCGGGUGGUCACCUUGGAGGAGAGGCCUUUUGUCAUCGUAGAACCUGCUGACCCAGGAACAGGCUCCUGCAUCCGAGACUCGGUGCCCUGUCGGCUGCCUCUCAACACCAGCAGCGUGGCUGUGGAAGGCAUACAGUCCAUGAAGCACUGCUGCAAAGGCUUCUGCAUUGACGUCCUGAAGCGGUUGGCUAAAAUAGUGGGCUUCACCUAUGACCUCUACCUGGUGACCAAUGGCAGGCAUGGGAAGAACAUAGAUGGAGAGUGGAAUGGAAUGGUUGGCGAGGUGGUUUCCAAGCGAGCUGACAUGGCCAUUGGCUCGCUGACUAUCAACGAAGAGAGGUCAGAGGUUGUGGAGUUUUCUGUUCCCUUCGUGGAGACUGGCAUCAGUGUCAUGGUUUCUCGUAGCAAUGGCACCGUCUCUCCAUCUGCUUUCCUUGAGCCUUACAGUCCUGCGGUGUGGGUAAUGAUGUUCGUCAUGUGCCUGUCAGUGGUGGCUGUAACUGUCUUCAUCUUUGAGUUUUUCAGUCCUGUUGGAUACAACAGAAGCCUACAAAGUGGGAAGAAGGCAGGAGGAUCUAAGUUCACCAUAGGGAAGUCUGUGUGGCUACUAUGGGCCCUGGUCUUUAAUAAUUCAGUUCCUGUGGAGAACCCUCGAGGAACCACUAGUAAGAUCAUGGUCUUGGUGUGGGCUUUUUUCGCUGUCAUCUUCUUGGCGAGCUACACUGCAAACCUGGCUGCUUUCAUGAUCCAAGAGGAGUACAUAGACACAGUGUCUGGCCUCAGUGAUAAGAAGUUCCAGCAGCCCACAGAGCAGUACCCUCCGCUUCGCUUCGGCACCGUCCCUAACGGCAGCACGGAGGAGAACAUCCGCAGCAACUAUCCUAAUAUGCAUCAGUUCAUGGUGCGCAAUAACCAGAGAGGUGUCGAGGAGGCCAUCGACAACCUCAAGACCGGAAAACUGGAUGCGUUUAUCUAUGAUGCAGCUGUGCUGAACUACAUGGCACGGAAGGACGAGGGCUGUAAAGUAAUGACCAUAGGUUCUGGUAAGGUGUUUGCAACUACAGGAUAUGGCGUCGCCCUGCACAAGAACUCCCGCUGGAAGCGGCCCCUAGACCUUGCUCUGCUGCAGCUGGUGGGAGACGAUGAAAUUGACAUGCUUGAGCGGCUCUGGCUUUCUGGGAUUUGCCAUAAUGAUAAGAUUGAGGUGAUGAGCUCUAAGCUGGACAUAGACAACAUGGCGGGGGUCUUCUAUAUGCUCCUGGUGGCCAUGGGUCUGAGCCUUCUGGUCUUUGCCUGGGAGCACCUGGUUUACUGGAAGCUCCGUCACUGCUUGGGUCGUUCAAAGGGACUAGACUUCCUACUGGCCUUCAGUCGGGGAAUGUACAGCUGCUGCAGUUUUGAAGAUGAAACAGCCCCUGGAGGUUCUCAAAGCACACUUCCACAAUACCAUCACGUCUCCACUAUGCCCCCUCCUCCCCCACCUCAUGUGGUUACUACAUCUGUAGCCAACCCUUCUAUCACCAUGGCACAACAGCAACAGCAACAACAGAAACAUCACCAGCAACAACAGCAGCCAGUGUACAAUGCCCUUCUUCCUGGUUCUCCACCAACAGCUGGGCAUUCAGGCAUGGCCCUUGGGCCCUCAAACAGCCCAAUUCUCGGAGCACCCAUGCCAUGCUCCACAUUUUUGCCUCGUCAUGAUCGACGACUAGCUGUGGUAGACCGGUGGACACGUCCAAAAACUGGCCCUGAAAAAGCUACCAAUGUCAGCAGUGGAAUAACAGACGUUACACAAUUCCCACAAGGCAUGCCUUCUCACUGGGCUGCUGUAGGUGGGGGGGAGGGUGGUCUGGAUGAAUAUAAGCGAUACUAUGGCCCAAUUGAUCCAGAGGGCCUAGGUGUAUCAGCAGACCCACAAACUGUAGGUUCUCAAACUCCAAAAAACAUGCAUCGAACAAAGUCCUCUGGAAACCCGAGGAUACCACCAAAAAACCAGCCUUCUGGGCACUUACCCAUAAACCCAGCUUUACCUCAUCCUUCUCCACCACAGCAGUCCUUCUGGAGGAGAAGCAGUCUCUCAAAAAGAAAAGGCUCUGGAGGGCCUCUGUAUGAAAACAUCCUUCCACUGGGGCGGAGAGGUGGUGGCAGAUAUGGAGUAAGGGAUGGGGUGGGUCGGAGGGGCCGUCGCCCUCCUCCUUUGCCUCUGCCUGUGCCUGUACCACUCUCCUCCCCCACCCAAACUCCUCCUUCACCCUCACCUUCUGUGCACUACACAUCCAGCUUCUCCAGCACCUCCAGCUCCUCUUCUAGCUCUUCAUCUGUAUCGGUCUCACGAUCCAACUCUCCUUCCUGCUCCUACUCUUCUUACUCAUCAUCACAGAGUUUCAGGUACAGGGCCGGAGCAAGAGAUGCAUAUGAGGAGUAUGACACAGAUGAACUUACAGAGGAGUCUAGCCUUCUUUUGGGUAGGAGAAAAAGUCGUUCACGUAUGUCAUCCCGCUCCCUGCCCUGCAGUCCUCCUCCCCCACCCAUACCACCUCGCAAACCUCGCCCACAGAAGGCACAGGUGAGAGACAGAGCCGAAAGCCAGUUGGCACAACUUCAAGAGUGGUGGGCCUCAUGGGGGGAGAAAGAGAGAGCUAGAAGAGCAGGUGGGGGUAGAGGCAAGGGCAAGGAAGAAAAGCGGCAUCAUAAAGAAAGGGAAAGGGAGAGAAAGAGGAGGAAGAAAGGCCGAAAGAAAAAGAAGAGGGAGGAGCGAGAGAGGGAGAGAGAGCGCAAGAGACGUAAAGUGAAAAAGAAAAAGAAAAAAGAGGAGAAAUCCAGAAGAAGGGAGAGGGAAAAGCGGUCUGAACAGGAGGAGGGUGAUGCUGAGAGAAAAGAGGUAUUUGAAAAAGGAAUAGAACCGGAUUUUCCCUCCUAUCCGGGAAUUAGACGUAGCUCUUUUCGGAAAAAGAGCGAGAGCUCUAACCGAAGUUAUGAGUGGGACAUAUCAAGAGAAGGAGGAAGGAGGGAGAGAGAUGAUCAAGAGGGUGAUGAUGAAGAAGGAGGUAGGGGAAGAGAAAAGCACCAUAGAAGUCCUCAGUCCUAUCACCAUUCUAGGCCAAGGUCUAACAGUAAGCGCUAUGCCACUUCAAGUAAACACUCAACAUCCGUCAAAUUUUGGGGUAGUGGGAACCCAAAUUCUGAGUCUCCUUCAUCGUUUCUACCCUUGCUUCCUCUGAACUAUAAGCGAAGACGAUCUUUUGGGUCUGAGAGAGAGGAACGUGGGAAAGGAGGUGAGAGUCGACCCCUUUUGGGAAAAAAUGGAAGAGGUAAGUCCCGUUCAAGGGAAGGCCUGGCAUUCCAUGAAUGGGAAUCAGAGGAGGAGGACUCAGAGGAAGAGAGAGAAAGAAACGAAGAACGAGGAAGAAGAAGAGAGAGCAGAGGAAUGGAAUCUGAGUCUGAAAGGGAGAGAGACAAAACUGUUGAGAUCUAUACAGAUGAUGAAGGUUCUUCAGGGGAAUUUGGUAAGUUUGAGAGAUACUGGGAGGGACACGAAGGAAGGGCUGUUGGAGGGAUUGGGGGUGGAGGCUGGUUUUUUGGUACCUACCCUGCUAGAGAGAGAGGUGGCAGCAUCAACAGUAGGGAUGACUUCUUUUUGGGAUUGGGAGCCGGUGAGAGCAGCUGGGGUUUUGGAGGGGGAUCAGGAUGGGGCUCUGGAGGUUUAGGAUCAAAUCAGUGGCCAGCACCUCCUUUGACCCCUCCACCUCCAAGAAGAUACUGGUCUGUGGACAAAUUACCUGUGAAGACUGAAAAGAAGUCUAAAAGCAGAUCCCAAGAGAAGAGUCGAGGCCAUACUGCCUGUUCCUGCCAGUCACCUCACCACUCUAAGUGGAAUCGGGUGACCUCCCGGAGUCAAGAGGAGCUGGUGCCUCACUGCCAAAGUUUCAGCAGCACCACCCGGUCCAAACGGCAGUCCUCCAAACCGGACCGGGCUCAAAGCCAGGCCAAAUCUGGAAGUCAGUCCAACCUCAGUGUUCAGAGAUCACAACGUUCCGAAAGGUCCAGAGAGCCAUCAUCACCUCCUCAGACUCUACCACCAUCUUUGCCUCCCCCUAUGGUUCCAGCUCUCCCUGCACCUCCAUCGUCCUCUCAUCCCAUUCACGUUCCUCCACCCACCUCCUCUUCAUCUGUCUCAUCCCCGUCAGCCAUUUCUUCAACACCUGGUGCCCCACAGCCCUCCUCCAUAUCCUCCUCCAGUGCCAAGCUCCAAUACCAGAGAUUGCGUUCAGUACCCCAGCCUCAAAGAUACCAAUCCCCACAUCUUCCCCUCAAAACCAAGAGUCUGUGCUCUCGUCGAGGAUCUGCCCACUUUUCCAGUGUGGAGAGUGAGGUCUGAGGCACAUAAUUAAAUGAGGGACAUUGGCAAACCACCUGGGGGCAAUUUAGUUACUCGCUUAGAAGACAAACUAGGAUUGGCUCACAAUGGUGAGAUGGGCCUCCUUCAUUUCUUGCACAAGGCGCUGUUGUGCUUCUGAAUGAAAAGUGGAUCGGGUGUCGCACACAUCGUGGCUUUCCCUUUUUUACUGCAUAAGAAAGGUACUGCCUUGCUGACAUACCUUAUAUACGUUAGAGGGAGAUUGCUCAAAUGCGACUGGCUUCGCUUCUCUCAGUUCUUUGGGGCACUUAGGUGAAGGGGUCGAAUAUUCUGGAUGAAUGUGGUGUUUCUUUGAGUGUUGUGGUGCUUGUGGACUCAGGCACAAGCCAUGGAUUUCUCAAGGGGAGAUUCAGAGGCAGAAACCCUUUUACCAACCCCUCAUAUUGUCCAACCUGUUUUCUUCAACUGUUUAAGCUUUGAGUCCUGACAUAAUUGUUGUUUGUAUUUGUAUCUCAAGGGAUGCGUUCACUUAAAAAGGUAGCAGUUCACUUUUGGUUCCUCCCAAAACAUAUCCCCUACCUCUCUUGAUUCACAUCUAGCAUUGUGCUUGUCUAGGUCAGUGUGUUUGUAUUCUUAACAACAGGGUAAGUCAACCUUGGCUGAUAAUAUUGGCUCAUUGAAGCUGAGUGCCAAACCUAAGUAGAGCUUACGCACAGUCAUAUCAUAAUUAGAUCUCAUUUUCCUCCCUUGAGCAAUACAUACUUAUCUACAAUGAAACAGUCUAUACAUUUUGUAUUCAUGUGUUGUU